AUGGCUUCUUCUGGCAUGCACGCAAGUCCACCAAGAACCCCUGGCCCGGCACCGCCGUCCGCACUCGCACCCGCAGCCGGCACGGUUUUGCUGCAUAAUGGACCGCAGCCCGGCGCUAGCAACCGCCUUGAUCCCGGCCUCGGCCUCCUUGUCGACAGCGUUCGCCGCUAUGGCAACGUUAUGACUAUCCGAUGCCGCACUAAAUUAUCGAGUUGCACAGAGCUCGUCGCGAACAAUGACAGCUACGAGCAUGAUCUACCGACAAUGCUACCUAGUACACCAGAAGAACUAGAACAAGCAUUCCCGGCUUCAUUCAUCGAAGCAACAACUUUCGAGUUCGUCGACGAUGCAGCAUUUAACCUGCUCUUCCGCCACAUGGGUGGCCACAGGUUGCGCGGCGAGCGGAAGCUCUGGGAUCAUAUUCGCGCGGUUGCAUUCAAGACACUGAGCGGUCGGCAUGACCGUGUCGCCUUCUACAAUCGCCUGAAGAGCAUGUCAAACCUAGAGCGCAUCAUACUCCUUCCCGCGAAGGUUGUGCGCCAGCGAAAUGAGAACCCUUAUGCUUUCUGCGAGCAACAGGAGGCAUACGUCCAGGAACUGAAGAAGAACCCAACGUUCGGAUACCUACUCGUCGAGCUCGCGCUACAGAAAGCGGAGGUUGGACGUCUCACCAAGGUCGUGUGUGAGCCGGGUUGGAAGGAUGCGUUCUCCGUGCACGAACGCAAUCGGCGUUUCUGCAACGCCCUCGCAGGCACGAACGGUCGCUUGCCCGAGGUGAUGGUGGAGCUGUUCGCUCCAUAUCUCAAGGAACACUUGGACCGUCUGCUAGAGGGCAUCGUAGAUGACGAAAUGGAGCGACAGAUUGAGAGUCAUCGUCGCGGUAUUCAGAACGCGUCCGAGGAGCAUCAGAACAAAGUGGAGCGACAUACUGAGACUUAUCGUCGCGGUAUCGAGAAUGCGUCCAGGGAGCAUCAGAACAAAUUCCAACACCACGAAAACCACAUCUCCCGGCUCGAAAGCGCCAAGGUGUCAAGGCAGUUCUCCUCCUAG